CCUAAAGCGUUCCUCCAAAAGCAAAAUUCACUAAAUUUCUCAAAAUUCCAACACAUUCAAAGAAUUUGCGAACAUCUACUCCAACAAUGGCGAUCAGAUCAGAAACCCUAGCUCACCAAUCAUCUACUCCAAAUCAAUCUUCCUCUAAUCCAAUUGAAUCCUACGAUCCAAUCCUUCACAUUCUCCGAAUCAUUCCCUUUUCCUUUCUCCGUCUCCCUCGUCUCCGUCUCAAACUCCCAUCAUUCUCCCUCCCGUCCGCCAUGACUGUUUUCUCUCUCAUUCUCCUUACCUACUUCAUGGUCGUCUCCGGAAUUGUCUACGAUGUGAUCGUCGAACCUCCAGGUAUUGGAUCCACUCAAGAUCACAUUACUGGCGCUGUUAAACCUGUUGUGUUCCUUCCUGGCCGCGUUAAUGGACAGUACAUCAUUGAAGGAUUGUCUUCUGGAUUCAUGUUUGUUCUUGGUGGCAUCGGUAUUAUUCUCAUGGAUCUUGCUCUUGAUAAAAAUCGUGCUAGGAGUGUUAGGGUUUCGUAUGCUUCAGCUGGGAUUAGUUCUAUUGUUAUUGCUUAUAUUAUGAGUAUGCUUUUUAUUCGCAUUAAAAUCCCUGCUUAUUUGCGGGGAUGACUUGUAUGCAAUCAGUGAUUAAUGUUUAGUAGUUUUUGAGAUAAAUUUUCGUGGAAUUUUGAUACUUGAGACAGUAGAAUAAUUGUGACUUGCCCUGUAGUUUGGAUCGAACUUAAAUAGGAUUCAUGAAUUGUAAUGUUUGUGUGUCUUAA